GGACAGCAGGGUUGAUUCUAUAUCGGAGUAGGAGAAGGGAGCUUCUGACGUACCUAGGGGAGGUAGCAUCAACCAAGGCAGCAGGAGCAGAUAGCAACCACUGCUGUGUCUGGAAGCAGGGUUACACAGUAGUGAAGAAGACAUCUGGUGAGUGUGAGACAACCAGCAGCCGUCACAUUGUGUCAGGAGGACUGAGCAAAACCCAGAGCCCCAUCUCGGUGCCUCCAACUCACUCACUGAUACAUGAGACAUAAUGACCAGAAGAUCCUGGAACUUACCAAUAAGAUCACCCAGCUGCUGACUGGAGAGGUUCCUAUAAGGUGUGAGGAUGUCACUGUCUAUGUCUCCAUGCAGGAAGGGGAGUAUAUAGAGGAACACAGGAGUCUGUACAAGGACGUGAUGAUGGAGAAUCACCGGCCACUCACAUCACUGGAUGGGGCCAGUAACAGAUAUACCCCAGAGAGAUGUCCCCAUCCUCUGUAUUCCCAGGAUUGUACAGAGGAGAAUCACAUGAUCCCACAGGAGGAUCAGGUAGAACUUCUGUCUGAUAUUAAAACGGAAGACAUAGAAGGAGAAGAAGUGACUGAUAUAAAGGAAGAAGAUACAGAGGGAGAUGAAGAGAUGUAUGUGACUGAUAUAAAGGAAGAAGAUAUAGAGGGAGAAGAAGAGACUUAUCUGAGGGGUGAUCAGCAGUGUAAGGAGGAGGAGAUCCCUACAGAUAUCAGCACAGGAACCUACACACCCCUUUAAAGUCGGAGACAGAGUCGUGGUGAAGGUGCUCCCCAGGAACAAGAGCCCAGGAGACUUCACCUAUGGUCCAGAGACAGAGGUCGUAGCAGUUACCCGGACAGCAGUCCUGACAGAGGAAAGUCCUACCUGGACCCAUGCAUCCCGAGUAAAAAAAGGUUCCUAGACCAGACCUAGAGAGGGAAGCAAGUGAUUCCAGUGAGGUACGAACCGGGGCAGACAGCCCUGACCUCCCACCUAGCGAAGAAAGAAGAACAGAAGAAGAUGAGGAACCUGUCCCCUAUCUUUAUCCUGGGGACUAUCUCGAUAGCCCUACUGGCCCUCAUUCACCUCACAAUAUGUGAAGUCGACAUCACACAAACAGAUGGGGUCCCCACCUUGUGGUACAAUUCUUCCAAUACACACGUAGCCACAUACAUCCUUGAUUAUUUCAUGUUCCCUAAACUUGCUGACAACAAACAUUUCAUACAGCAGAAAAGGAAAUCAGGAAUGUCUGAGACAGUAUAUAUUUGUGUUACUGACGAAUGGUACUAUGACAUUAGAUAUUAUGGAUCUAAUUGUAAUUCCUGGGAAGCUGUGGGGUGGAAUACAGGAGCAGAUUGGAAAUAUGGCCCAUCAUUUGCAAAAAAUAGAUAUAGCAAAUAUCCCCAAAACAAACCUUUAAAGCCCCAUAUUGCCACUUCUAAAGAUAUGGUGGCUAUUACUAACCCUACCUUUGAAGACACCCUAGCUAUUGAAACUGGUUUCUCUGACAUUAAUUUUGGUUGGAAUGGAUGAAGUAUAGUGCUAACAAACACAAUAAAAGCAACUGUUAUGUCUGUGGCAAAUCUAGGCCCCACCUAGGUACAGUGCCCCUUAAUAUACCCCUAGAACAGGAAAAUUGUUUUUUCAGCCUUUUUAAUGACACCAAAACAAAUGACAGUCAGUGCGAAAUGUGGAAAAGGGAAUAUCCCAUAUUGUCAAAAAAUCCCAACCCAGGAAAUACCAUAACCAUAUAUCCUGGAAACUAUACCUGUUAUACAUCUAACAUCACCACAGGGAGAAAUUUAAAAACCUUCCCACCAGGGUAUUGUGCAAAUAAAAGAACAACUGUUUUAGUCAACCAAACUAGAUCAUUAGGCGACAUUUAUUACAUAUGUGGGGAUAUGAAACUUAGAAGUAAAUUAGACACACCAUGGUAUGGUGAGUGUGCCCUGGCCAAAGUCAUAAUGCCACUCCUAAUGAUCACCGAUGACCCCACUCCUCCCUCUAAUACUCCUGCUAAUCGAAAGAAAAGAGCACUCCCAGGAGGUAGCUUUGACCCCCACGUAUACAUUGAUACUAUAGGGGUCCCAAGAGGUGUUCCAAAUGAGUUCAAAGCUAGAGAUGAGGUGGCUGCGGGUUUUGAAUCAUUGUUUCCUAUAGUAACUGUAAAUAAAAACGUAGCCUGGAUUAAUUAUAUAUAUUAUAAUCAACAAAGAUUUGUUAAUGAUACCAAAGAUGCUCUUAAAGGUAUAGCUGAACAGCUAGAAGCCACUUCCCAAAUGACAUUCCAAAAUAGAAUGGCCCUUGACAUGAUUCUAGCAGAAAAAGGUGGUACAUGUGUUUACAUUAGUAAGGUGGAAGGCUGUUGUACAUAUAUUCCUGACAACACUGGUCCCAAUGGUAAGGUUACUUUAGCCAUAAACAAGUUAGAAACCUUAUCCAUAGAACUUAAGAAAAAUUCAGGUAUUGAUAACCCAUGGAGCCAAUAUUUUGGGUGGUUUGAAAAUUGGAAACAGGCUCUUGUGCAAAUAAGCAUAUUCAUACUUGUAACUUUAAUUCUUGUAGGCAUUAUAGUUUAUUGUGUAAUUCCCUGUGGAAAGAAACUUACCUCCAAAGGCAUUGAUAAGGCCCUGAUGUAUUAUGACAUAACCACCAGUCCUGUCACCUCCUCUGAUAGUGAGGGACCCGACGAUUAUGUCCAAUAUCUCAAGAACUGGAGAAACAAGAAAGGAGCCUCACUCAAGAAUCAUGUCAUAUAAUAAUCAUGAUUCUAAGAGGGGAUUGAAGGGUUAAAACAUGCUUUAUGAACUCUUAUGUGUUUGCAAUGGAUGCGUGCUGCCCUGUGUUAGAUGCCUUUGUCUCUCAUACAGAUACCAGGCUUGUGUGGGUCUGGCAUCCAAGGUCAGCUCUAUACUAGAUGAAACCUGCUUUUUCUACUUCUGUGUGUUACUAAAAGAUCUUGUGUUAAGUUCCAUCUGAUGCAACGUAUAUAACAUCUGCCUAGCAACUGCUAUAUCCAAUUAUGUUAUGUCAAGUAUUAACCACCCCUACGUACCCCACUAGGGCACCACCCCUAAGCCAAUGAGCCCUGUUACACUUAUCAGUUACACCCUUAUGUGUUCUCUUUUUAUACCAAUGUUAAACAUUCAAUAAAACAGUGUGAAUUCUUA